GGAGAUUACUUGCAAGAAUGAUUUUGAUGGCCAGACGACAUAAAAAAGAAUUUAGGACUAAGCACAAUCGACCAAUACAAACGCCAUGAAGGACUAUCGUUCUCCUUUUCUUUCUAUGUUGUUGACAUGUUGGUUUUGUUUCGCGUUACCAAUGACUACGGGGGCUACGGAAUCUGGAGGACAUAAAGAUAUCCCUACCACAGCAAUUGCAGCCGCUAAUUUUGAUACACUCGUCGCUGCUCUUUCUCAAGCUGAUUUGGUAGGUGCACUAUCCGACCCUAACGGUCCCUACACUGUUUUUGCACCUACGGACGAAGCAUUUAUGUCGUUGCCCGACGGAUUGGUCGAUUGUUUAUUACUGGAUAGAAACAAGAAUGUCUUGACCAAUGUAUUGCUGUACCACGUUACAGUAGGAACAACUUUUUCAUCGGAUCUGCUAGAUGGAAUGGAAAUCUCAACUCUCUUAGAAGAGGAAGUCACAAUCAAUAUAAGUGAUAACGCGGUGAUGGUUAACGAUUCGAACGUCAUUUCGGCUGACGUCGAUACGUCAAAUGGAGUUAUCCAUGUCAUUGAUGGAGUUCUUGUCCCUCCCUCUAUCGACGUUACCGCUUUCCUCCGAACUUGCCCGUUGACGCAAGACCCAGACCCGGUGAAGUGCAGCUAUCUUGGCAUUGGCCGUUCUGCUGGACAAUACUUGACAGGUCCGACCCACACUUGCCUAUGCGCCCAGUCGGGUCAUUGGACAGACUGUGUCCCUAACGAAAAGAAGGUGAAAUCCGUUGAAGAUGUUGUUGUGAGCAACCCGAAACUUUCGACACUCGAAACUGCCAUCCGUGCGGCAGGCCUCCUUGGUGUCCUUGACGGUUCGGACGCUGCAACCCUAUUUGCUCCAGACAACCGAGCUUUUUCUCGAGUGCCUCCACCAGUUUUGGAUUAUCUUUUGACCAACACAGAUGUACUGUCAACGGUCCUUCGAUACCACAUUAUUCCAGGUGGCGUGUCUUCAGAUGACAUUGCCCUCGGUAGUUCCAUGGUACCAUCGUCGCUCGGCGAUCAAGAUUUUAUUGACUUCGAAAAAUCGUGCUGGUCCACUGUGGAGACUUGUCACGAAAUAUUUAGUAUCGCUUUGAAUGGCGAAAGUGAUGUCAUUGCCGCUGACAUUCGUGCAAGAAACGGUAUCAUCCAUGUCAUCGACGAGGUCCUGAUCCCCCCAAGUUUAGAAGCUGUUGUGGAGUCAUUACUUGGGUCGUUUUAAAGAAGUUGGAAGAAAGUAUUGUUGUCAGCAACCAUUUGUCGUUCGAACAGGGUAAACUCUGCCUAGCAGUACCAUGGAUUACAUACUAGAUCAUAUACUUCUACAAUCUAAUUAUUAAUAUUAUGUAUUG